GCGUCGGCCAUUUUCUUUUUCCUUUCGUCAACGUGUUGGAACGUGCUGUUCGCAGCGGCAGGUACUUUCUGCGUAAAUCGGUACAUUAUAUCGUUUCAAUCUUGACAGAGGAUUCGGUAAGAUGUCGCUCGUAAUUCCAGAGAAGUUUCAACACAUUCUUCGUGUCAUGAACACGAAUAUUGACGGUAAUAGGAAAGUCAUGUUUGCCAUGACUGCGAUUAAAGGUGUCGGGCGUCGUUACGCCAACAUCGUUUUGAAAAAGGCCGAUAUCGACCUCGACAAGCGUGCUGGAGAAUGUUCAGAGGAAGAAGUUGAGAAAAUCGUUACGAUUAUGGGUAAUCCCAGGCAGUACAAGAUUCCAGAUUGGUUCUUGAACAGGCAAAAAGAUAUUGUAGAUGGCAAAUACUCACAGUUGACGAGUUCGUAUCUCGACUCGAAACUUCGUGAGGAUUUGGAACGUAUGAAGAAGAUCCGUGCUCACAGGGGCUUGCGACACUACUGGGGUCUCCGUGUACGUGGUCAACACACAAAGACCACUGGUCGCCGUGGACGCACAGUGGGUGUAUCGAAAAAGAAGUAAUUUUGUAUUUUCUUGAUUAUGAAUAAAUUAAAAAAAAGACCUACCUA